UGUUUGUGUGAACUCUCCCAGGAGCUUUCGUCGUGUUUAAAUACCCUCGAACAAACGAAUGAACAAAUAACAAAAAAAAAUAAUACAAGCAGAUCCUGGUAAGAGACUGACAACAACGCCAUCAUCGGGAAUCGGAGUGAAAUUACGAGACCAACGACAAUUACCGGGGUUCGAGCGCAAACCGCAGAAUCACCGUCGUCGUCGAUAGAGGUUGUUGUUUUUUAACGCGAAUCGGGAAACUUUUCUGCUUAACCCGCUACGGUUAAGAGCAGAACAAAGUAAUUCGUCGUCGUCGUCGGGGGAAAUUUGAGGCUGUCAUUCCUGGAAAAGUACAAACAUUGUUCCCUUUCUACUCUCGACACAGGUAGGAGUGCCACCCCCCAGACCCGAACCACCCCCCAAGAGACACCGUCAUCGAUCGUGAGGAGCACCGGUGUGGGGAGAUGACGCUGGAAAAUUGAUUUCUAUGGAAAUUCUCUCUUCAUCACACUUGAUCUGUUGUGCGUUGUUGAAGUCGUAGAGGGACAACGAGUUGACGAGUGGGAUUUAAUCAAACGCCAACGCUGAAAGCUAUGGAUCCACACAACCCAUUCAGUUUCCACCUGGGGCCACCGGCCGGCUCAGUUCACACUCAUCACCCGGAGCCCACACCAAGUCCUCCCCAGAGCGUUCCCGGUAGACGAACACCGCUGGGAACGGUUGGCCUUGGCGGAUUCUACGCUCAACCACAUGCCUCAGUAUCCGCUUCACUGACUGAUGAAAACCGUCCAUCGGGUAGCGCCGACAGCCAUUUCAGUCCACCACCUCAUCAUCAGCCCGGGCCGCCGGGGGCUGGUGGCAAGCAAAAGAAUCGCCAGGGCAAAUCGGUCCGGCUGAACAUCAAUGCCCGCGAGCGACGCCGGAUGCACGAUUUGAACGACGCUCUCGACGAGCUGCGCAGUGUGAUUCCUUAUGCGCACUCGCCGUCAGUGCGGAAACUGUCCAAGAUAGCAACCCUACUGCUGGCCAAAAAUUACAUUUUGAUGCAGGCCAACGCUCUGGAUGAGCUUCGAAGAUUGCUUGCCUACAUUCAAAGUGCCGCCGGAGCCGGUGCUCCUACGGUAGAUCUGAGAACAAUGCCUUCGGCAUUGAAGCUUCAACAGUUGCUACAGACGCCACAGCAAGAAUUGCAACAACAGGCACAGCAACAACUUCAACAACUGCAGCAGCAGCAUCAACAGCAACAGCAACAAGCAGCACAGCAAUCGCACGCGCAGCAAGGGGCACAACCGCCAGCCAAUCCUAAUCCUUGAAUUUAAAUACGUCCCCUUCUACCUAUACCUACGCCAACAGUUAAAUUUUUCCAAACAUUACAAAACAAAGUUUGCCUACGAUUGCAACAGUUUACAAUGCUAGUCAUACAGCAAGAUAGCAACAGUAGAAUUAUUUAGUGAAUAAAAGAAGUAAUUUAUAGAAUUUCACAGUAGCAAUAAGUUUCGAUACUAGUCGAUUCGGGCACCGAUGCCAAA